CAUGAGCGGUGACAGAGGCCGGGGUGGUGGCAGGCGCUUUGGUUCCCGAGGAGGCCCAGGAGGCGGGCCCUUUGUCCCACAUAUCCCAUUUGAUUUCUGUUUGUGUGAAAUGGCCUUCCCUCGGGUGAAGCCAGCACCUGAUGAAAGUUCCUUUAGUGAAGCCUUGCUGAAGAGGAAUCAGGACCUUGCUCCCAAUUCUGCUGAACAGGCCUCUAUCCUUUCUUUGGUGACAAAAAUAAACAAUGUGAUCGACAAUCUGAUUGUAGCUCCAGGGACAUUUGAAGUGCAAAUUGAAGAAGUCCGACAGGUAGGAUCGUAUAAAAAGGGAACGAUGACUACGGGACACAACCUGGCUGACUUAGUGGUGAUACUGAAGAUUCUGCCAACAUUGGAAGCUGUUGCUGCCCUGGGAAACAAAGUCGAGGAAAGCCUACGAGCACAAGAUCCUUCUGAAGUUUUGACCAUGCUGACCAAUGAAACUGGCUUUGAAAUCAGUUCUUCUGAUGCUACGGUGAAAAUUCUUAUAACAACAGUGCCACCCAAUCUCCGAAAACUGGACCCAGAGCUCCACUUGGAGAUCAAGGUGUUGCAGAGUGCCUUAGCAGCCAUCAGACAUGCCCGCUGGUUUGAGGAAAAUGCUUCUCAGUCCACAGUUAAAGUUCUCAUCAGACUGCUGAAGGACCUAAGGAUUCGUUUUCCUGGUUUUGAGCCCCUCACACCCUGGAUCUUUGACCUACUUGGACACUAUGCCGUGAUGAAUAACCCCACCAGGCAGCCUUUGGCCCUAAAUGUGGCAUACAGGCGUUGCUUACAGAUUCUGGCUGCAGGACUAUUCCUGCCAGGUUUAGUGGGUAUCACUGACCCCUGUGAGAGUGGCAACUUCAGAGUACACACAGUCAUGACUCUGGAACAGCAGGACAUGGUCUGCUAUAUGGCUCAGACUCUGGUUCGAAUCCUCUCACACGGUGGUUUUAGGAAGAUCCUUGGCCAGGAGGGUGAUGCCAGCUAUCUUGCUUCUGAAAUAUCUACUUGGGAUGGAGUGAUAGUGACACCUUCAGAAAAGGCUUAUGAGAAGCCGCCAGAGAAGAAAGAAGGUGAGGACGAGGAGGAAAAUACAGAAGAGCCACCUCAAGGAGAGGAAGAGGAAAGCAUGGAGACUCAGGAGUGACCUUCCCUUCAUACUCUUCUAAUUCAAGAAGACUGGAGCCUAACCUGCCUGCUACUGGGCUUUAUAUGGUGGCUUUUCUAUGGAAUAGGGAGAAGGCAUGAAGGAAAAUAAACUGUACAGAAAGAUAGGUCAUUCCUUUGUUUUGAUACUGGCGUAGCAGCCAGAAGUCUCCCAUUUAUGACCCAUGCCACUCAUGAUAAUAAAGCAGGUUACCAACA